AAAUCUUGCCUCCACUUCCUUAACAACCAGACAUGGACGGUGUUAAAAAUAUAUUUUAUUUAAUUACGUGGAUUGCUUUGGCUGUUUUUUGGCUGUAUGGUAGUGGGUUCUUGUUUAUUAUUUUCAUGUUAGGAUUUUUUGCAUCGUUACUUAUCUGCAACAAAAACCCGGAGGGCAAUGGACAUGUUUGUGUGCUGGUUCUGGGAGACUUGGGUCGCAGUCCACGGAUGAAUUAUCAUGCCUUAUCACUGGCUCGACACGGCUUCAGCGUCACAUUAACCGGAUUCCUCGAAACCAAUCCCCAUCAUAAUGUCCUGAAUCAUGAGAAGAUAAAGAUUUGCCCCAUUUCGAACAUCAAAACAUUGAAAGUUGGACCACGUAUUGGUCAGUAUAUUAUAAAGGUGAUCAUUCAAGCUCUUCAGCUUUUUUACGUGUUGUUGAAUAUGGACACACCUUCCUAUAUUCUCCUUCAGAAUCCUCCAGGGCUGCCUAGCAUUGCCGUUACCCGUCUCUUUUGCUUCCUGAGAAAGAGCCAACUAAUAAUUGACUGGCACAACUAUGGAUAUUCAAUUUUGAGUCUUACAAAUGGACCAGAGAGCCCAGUUGUGCACAUUUCAAAGUGGUAUGAGCACAUUUUUGGAAGAUUUUCAAAGUAUAAUUUUUGUGUGACAAAUGCAAUGAAGGAGGACUUGCUGGUCAACUGGAGAAUUAAAGCUACAACACUUUAUGACAAGCCACCAUCUAUGUUUCAAGAGACUACACUGCAACUACAGCAUAAAUUAUUUAUGAAGCUUUCUGUGGAUUACCCUCAAUUUAAAGCUCCUUUGGAUCCUUCCGACUUCAACAUAGAAAAAUCGGCUUUUACUGAACUGAACAAGAAAAAUGGAAUUGUUAUUCACACUAAGGGAAGACCAGCCCUACUAAUAAGCAGCACAAGCUGGACAGAAGAUGAAGAUUUUACAGUGUUGUUGAGAGCAUUGCAAGAUUAUGAAGAGUUAAUCAGAAAUGGAAUUAAACUUCCACCUUUGGUCUGCGUUAUAACAGGCAAAGGCCCAUUAAAAAAAUAUUAUACUCAGUUAAUGGAGGAGAUGCACUUUAAUCACAUCCAAAUUUGUACACCAUGGUUGGAAGCUGAAGAUUAUCCACUUUUGCUAGGAUCAGCAGAUCUAGGAGUUUGUCUACAUAAAUCAUCCAGUGGUUUGGACUUACCUAUGAAAGUAGUUGAUAUGUUUGGUUGUUGCCUUCCUGUGUGUGCAGUUAAUUUUAAGUGUUUACACGAACUUGUAAAACAUGAAGAAAAUGGAUUUAUAUUUGAAGAUUCAAAAGAACUUGCUGAACAGUUACAGGUAUUAUUUUCAGAUUUCCAGAGUGAUUCAUGCAAAUUAAACAGAUUUCGUCAAAAUCUACGUGAAUCAAAACAAAUGCGCUGGGAUGAGAGCUGGGAUCAGACUGUACUUCCAAUCAUUGGAGGAUGUUCCAAAGCACGAUGAUAGCCAAGUUACUGUUAAUUUCCUAUUUAAAUAAGGUUGUUGUUUUUUGUAUAAAUAUGUUUAAAUCCAAAUGCAAUAGUUUGUCUUGUGUUUUAUGAAACAAGUGUUCUAUAAUACAUACACCAAUCUAUUAUAUUGAUUGUUAU